AUGUCAGGAUUCCUGCUGUUGAUCGCGGCUGUUGUCGCCUGGACGGCCUCGGCACAAGGUGAACAGGUGUACCUGGCCACCCAUGACACUUGGGCCUUUUAUAAGGUUCGCGCGUUCGGAACCAUGACCGGAACCAACGCAAAAACCACCUGCACGUCGGUGGGGAUGAGAUAUCCGUGCUAUCAGUCAGGUAGUGGUCCGUGUACCACCCACUGGACCUCAGACUGCAUCACGUUUGACGGUGCGGGUAUCGACGUCAACUGCCGUACCCAAUGGAUCCUCUCUGGCAAACUUUGUGGUGAUACUGACCCUCGGUACUGCCAGCCCCUUGAUGACACCUUUGUGUAUCGCCCUAACUGGGUUAAUGGCGACGCCUGGGGAGUGGACUACGACACUCACAGCUACGGCACAGAUUCAGCGAAUGGAGCGCACUACAACAACAAGUACGCCCUGUGUGCAGACGUCGAUGACUGUGCGUCCUCCCCAUGUGCAAAUGGUACCUGUACUGACGGCGUGGCGAGUUACACCUGUAGCUGUGAGAACGGUUGGACAGGGAACAACUGUGAUCAAAUCGACGACUGUGCGUCCUCCCCAUGUGCACACGGAACCUGUACUGACGGCGAUGCGAGUUACACCUGUAGCUGUGAGAACGGCUGGACAGGGAACAACUGCGAUCAAGACAUUGACGAGUGCGCGAGCAAUCCUUGCUGGCUGGGAGGAACAUGCCUGGAUCACGUGAACGGCUACCGCUGUGUUUGCCCUAAAGAUGCCACCGGAAAGAACUGUGAAACUGCAUUCUUUGCCGGGGAUUGCUAUCAGUUCUCGACCUCAGCUGUCACCCAUCGAGACGCCACCCAGGCCUGCAGUGCCAGCAGCGGCCGCAUGGUGGACCUGAGAGACCCGCAGCAGCAACAGUUCCUGGCGAACAUCAUCGCGAACACCACCGGCGUCUCCAACUGGCUGGCCAUGAAAACCGCUCCGCUACCUGUCUUCUACAGUGAUGGCUCUCCUGUUUUAGCCCCCCUGCAGUGGUCAGUAGACGAAGUCUCGUCCCCGUUGGACCUGUGUGUUUUCAUGGACAGCUCCGACAACUACAAGGCGAACAAAGCGUUCUGCACGGAGCAGCACAACUACGUCUGCAUGUCCGCGCUUAAACCGUGUGAGCCUAACGUGUGCCAAAACGGUGGAAACUGCACCUCCUGCUUCGGAGAGUCUAUCAUCUUCUGUAACUGUCUGAACGGGUUCGAGGGACUCCUCUGUGAAACCGACACUGACGAGUGCGCGUCCAACCCUUGUCAGCAAGGCGGAACCUGCCAGGAUCAAGUCAACUCUUACAGCUGCCGAUGCCCAACCGGGUACGACGGAGACAACUGUCAAAAUGAAAUAGACUGGUGUUCUAUGGUGACCUGUCCUUUCGACUGGACCUGUCAGAAUCUGGUCACCCACUUCAGCUGUCUGGCCCCGACCGUCCGCAAGUUGCAGCCCUACAAGUGCAGCAGCGCCUCCUGUCCUGCUGACAUGUACUGCAAGGAGGAGGGCGAUGCCUCGUUCUCGUGCUGGGCUAAAUAACCCGCUGACGUCACACUUUUGUCUCCA